AUGACACCUUAUAAAGAUAGAAAGGAAAGGUAUGUUAUCAGAUGCUUUGGAUGUGGUAAUGUCAUCUGUCGAAGGGCUGCAAGGUCUCUACUUCUAUCAAGUCUUAGGAUUAAAGUGUAUUCAACGAAUGUUCCUACAGAGAAUGUGAAGUGUAUAGGGAAUAGUUAUAUGGCGUAUUCAUGCAAGUGUAUUGUGGCAGACAUAGAAUGUAGACUCUGCCGGCUGAUUCUAGGAUAUCAUGUCUUACAACUAUGUGAAUUAUGUGCGGGGGAAGGAAAGAAUGGGCGCACAUGGAUAUUCGAUGCAAGCUCUGUCAUUUCCACAAUCAUAAAAAGGUGUUCGAAGGCCUGUCUAAAUAUGUUUUCGUCAUAUCAUGAAGAAGGAGACAGCGAAGUAAAAAUAAGGUGA